AUGCAGUGUAGAGGUGCUUGUAAAAAUUGUGUUCAAAUGAUUACUCAAGUGAAUAAAGAAUUUGAUAGAUGUCCAAAUUCUAAACAAGCAAUUGUUUGGUAUGAUAAAUGUAUGCUAAGGUAUUCAGAUCAAGAUUACUUUACUAUUGUGCUAGAGAAUCCAAAAUAUUUUAAUGCGAACAGUAAUAAUAUUUCUAAUCCGUCUCAGUUUAACCCGAUUUUAAAUGAAUUAUUGAUUGGUGUAAUAGGUGGAGCCGGGUCUAGUGGGUUUUAUACUAAUUUUGGUACUGGAGAUAAAAAUAUUACUAAUCGUACAAAAUUAUAUGGAUUAGUACAGUGUACUGCAGAUAUCCCUUCAAGUAGUUGUAGUCGAUGUCUAUUUAGAGCUAUGGAUGUGUUACCACGUUGUUGUGAUGGGAAACCAGGUGCAAGAGUUAUUGGUCCUAGUUGUAUGCUUAGAUAUGAAUUAUAUUCUUGUUAUGAAUCUACUCCUUCAACACCUCCAUUAUCAUCUCCAACUCCUCUGGUAUUAUCCCAAUCUUCAACUAGUACAGCUGUACCGAAUGGUGACUGUUUUGAGAGAAGAAGAUUAUCUUCAUUAUUUUUGAUUGGUUUAGAUAGUAUGUAUGGCUCACUGCGUGAGAAAUUAUUGGAAAGAGAUCCUUUACCAUCUAUUGAUACUGCAUAUCAGACAAUAAUCAAUUCUGAACGUUUGAGAAUGUGA